AUGCUACGACAUUCAUUUAUUGUUUUAUUUGCAGCUAUCUUGUUUGUAUUUCCCUUGAAUUUAGUUCGGUUUACGUCAUCCUCAUUAUCUGAAGAACAACACACACAACAACAACAACAACAACAACAACAACAACAAAGUAAUCAAUGUUAUAAAUAUGUUAAUAAUUCAGAACUUAAACAAUUUCUAAAUGAAAAUCCACAUACUGGUAAUUUUUGUAUUGAAAAAUCACCUAUAACCAACCCAGAAUCUAAAGAAAAUGCUACUUUAUUAAUGUUGUGUCGAAAUUUUGAAAUUUAUUCAGUCCGUGAAACUUUACAAAAUAUUCAAGAUAGAUUUAAUGAUAAAUUUAAUUAUGAUUAUACAUUUUUAAAUGAUGAACCUUUUACUAAUGAUUUUAUUUAUUUAAUAACUACUUUAAUACCUAAAGGAAAAUUAAAUUUUGGACUUAUUCCAGUUGAUCAUUGGUCAUAUCCAGAUCAUAUUAAUAUUACUCAUGUUGAUUUAAUUAGAAAUUUGCCUAUUGAUGUACCUUAUUGGGAUAGUGAAAGUUAUAGACAUAUGUGUCGAUAUUAUUCGGGAUUUUUUUAUAAACAUGAAUAUGUUAAACAAUAUCAAUAUUAUUGGAGAAUUGAACCAGGUAUUAAAAUUUAUUGUGAUUUAAAUUAUGAUGUAUUCAAAUAUAUGAAUGAAAAUAAUAAAAAAUAUGGAUUUGUUAUAUCAUUAUUUGAAUAUUCUGAAACUAUUCCAAGUUUAUGGAAUUCAAUAGUUGAAUAUAUUGAUUCUAGAAAUUUAGGAAAUCCAGAAUUAUUACCAUUAUUAUUAAAUAAUUUAAAUUGGUAUAAUUUAUGUCAUUUUUGGUCAAAUUUUGAAAUUGCAAAUUUAGAUAUUUUUAAUAAUGAAAAUUAUGAAGAUUUUUUCAAAUUUUUAGAUGAUAAAGGUGGGUUUUAUUAUGAACGUUGGGGUGAUGCCCCAAUUCAUUCAAUUGCAGUAGCAUUAUUUUUAAAUAAACAAGAUAUUCAUUGGUUUGAAAAUGUGGGUUAUUAUCAUGCUCCAUAUUUACAAUGUCCUCAAGAUACAACAUUAUAUGUGGAUAGUAAAUGUACCUGUGAUCCAGAUAAUGAUUUCACAUGGACUGAUUUAAGUUGUACAAGUCAUUUCUUAAAAGUUAUUGCAUCAUCUCCGGAAAUUUUAUAG